AUAUAUAUUUUUUUCUUAAACACAUAUUAUUAAUUGCUUACAUUACUUAUAUAUCUAACCUAGCUUAGUAUUAUUUACGCUAUAUAUAUUAUUCCUAUUUUAAUUUUAUCAUUAUACUUAUUAUUAUUAUUAUUGAGACUGCUCACAAUAAUCCUUUGCGCUUGUUGACAGAAUUUGUUUUGAUAAUUUAAUUUUUUUUAAGAAUUUUACCCAAGCUUAAGUUGGAAAAGAUGGUGUAGAUUCCGUGGGACGACAUUAGUGGACUCAAAGGAAUAAAGUACCUUUUAUUUUGGUUUAUUUAAAAAAUCAAAUUUUUACGAGGUGUGUCUUACGUGCUGCAUGUCCAGAGUUACGUCAAAGUAUUAUAAAUCUCAGUUGUGAUUUUUGAAAUAGCCUAUUUUUGAGUGUUUUAUUUCUAACCUCCAAAUUUUUAGAGCACGUUUUUCUUUUCCCUUGGCCAGCAUGCCUAAAUGCUACGUGUGUAGAGCCAAGCCUGGUUCGAUAAAGGUUAUUGAUGAUGCUAAGCAGUGUAAAGGGUGCGGGCAAUAUUACCAUGCGUCAUGUGCAGAUAGAGCUGCAGUAAAUGUGCAAGGUGCAUAUGUACCUUGCUGUGGAAAUGGUAAUAAUACUGGCAAGGUAGUGUCGCAAAAGCUUAAUGCGAGUACUUCUGGUAACAGUACUUCUGGUAACAGUACUUCUGUUACCAGAAAACAAGCGAUGAAAGUUAAGGCAACGCCUGCAGAUACUGGCAUUGGAGCAGAUGAAGAAGAUGUGGAGAGUUUGGAUCCUAGCAUUAAAAAACUCUGGGGCUUAAUAAGAGAUAAGUUUAAUCCUUUGGAGAGCAAAGUUGAUGGAUUUUCUGAAUCUAUUGAGUUGGUGAAUGAUAAAAUUGAUGUGAUUGAGAUCCGAAUUGAUAACAUCGAAGAGUCUGUGUCUAAAAUAGACAGUAGUGCCUUAUUCAAUGAGGUUAAUGAGAGAUUCAAGAGAGAGAAGAAUUUUAUCAUAUUUAAUAUGUCUGAUUCCAUAAAUGCGGUGAAAGAAGAUCUAAGCGUAGUACAGAAUCUGUUCAAUCAGUUUGAUGAUGAACUACCUUUCUCACUUAGUGAUAUAAAAGUGGUAAGGUUAGGAAUAAGGCAAGAAUUGGUGAUAGGAAACUUGUUAUUAAGAGUGAUAUGACUAAGGCUCAGUUAGAUGAGUUACAAAAAGUCAAGGAUGAGUUGAAGAUUAGAUCUGAGUCUGAAG